AUGGCUACAGCACAACGGAGGCUCCCGCAGACCCGUCCGUCAACAUACCUUCUUCUGGUGUAUCCCAUCAUUCUCGCCCUCGGUUCAACCUGGUCUGUGAUAUCACCCUCGUUCGACCCUCAGGCGCUGGGUUUGGAUCAGAAUGUCAAACCAAACUACUUCGCUGGCAAAGGAAACCUUGUGAACCAGUACUUCGUGAAGCUCGGCUGGCUCUGGACGACACUCGCCUUCACGUUACUACAACUCACUACGCGACCUCCAGCAUCUUCCAAGCAGAAGCACUACGUACAAGCAGCUAUCCGAUACGCCAUCGUCACAACUUCCUGGUACCUGGUCACGCAGUGGUUCUUUGGCCCCGCUUGA